GAACACUCAAAGUGAUGCUUUCAACGCAUCUCACUGGUCAAUGGCCGAUGACUAAGCACACGCUCACUUUUUCUUCACCAGCGGCAGAGACACACAUAACCCUCCACCAGGAGAUGAGUUCAACAUUACGACCCGACCCGGCACAAAGACCCCGAUGCAUUACAUCCGACUCCUCAGAGCCCCCAAGCUCACAUACGACAAGGCCAGGAAACACCCGUGGUCUCUCAACGUCGUCCUGACCGUCACCACGGAUCUCGGCGACUCCUUCCUGAACCCGGACGACCAUGAGCCCGUCAAGCUCAAGGUCAGCGCCGGCUGGGAACGGCCCUCGGAGCAGCCGAAAGCCGACCCCUUCAUCUUGGCAGCGGAAAAGGUCCUGCGUUGGAUGCCGGGCAUGCGCGUCCUCAAGGCCGACAUUCCUGCCCAACACCUCACCACCCCGGCCCUCCCGAACCCCGGCCUGGGGCCCUUGAGGCUCCUCGUCCGCGCGAGCGGAAGACAGUCGGCCGAGGCGGCGACCGACGUCGUCUUUGCCGGACUCGACGGUGACUGCGGCAAGGUCAUGCCCGUGUGGGCCGACGUCCAGACACCGGACCACAGCGAGGCGCCGACGACGUGCGUGCGGAGGCUCGCGCACGGCGGCCGCGACUCGGAGCCGUUCGUGGAGAUCGAGGAGGACAUCGGCGAGAGCAUCGCAAGGCACAUCUGGGACGCCGGGCUGACGGCCAUCUCGAGGCUCUGGCUCGCCAACGACCGGGACGGCCACGACGCGGCGAAGCGCCCCUGGCGCAUGAACCGCCUCCACGGCUUGCUGUUUGGGGGACAGCCGCUCAACGUCCUCGAGCUCGGCUGCGGCGUCGGCAUCCUGGGCAACGGGCUCGCGCAGAUCAUGACGAGGGAGGAGGGCCCAGAGGGGAAGAGCAGCAUCCUCAUGACGGACCUGCCUGAGGCGGAGCAGCGCGCGAGGGCGAACAUCGCGCGCCUGGCGACGGCGGGCACGGCGUCCAUACGCCCCGAGUACGAAAACCUCGACUGGGACGACGGCCGCACGGGCGAGCUGGGCCCGCUCGCCAGCGCCAAGGCGUGGGACCUGAUCGCCAUGAGCGACUGCACCUACAACGUCGACGUGCUCCCCUCCCUCAUCAACACCUGGACGGCGGUCCACGUGCACAACAUCUCCCGGAGCGGCUCCCGGGCGAGCAGCGACGGCCCCGUGCGGACCCACGUCUACGUCGCGUGGAAGAAGAGGCACCCGGACGAGAACGAGUUCUGGGACCUCGUCGACGACGCCGGCUGGGUCCUGCUGGAGGAGGACGUCGUCGACCUGCCGGUACUCGGCGGCGAGACGGAGAGCAUCUUUUCCUACCUGUUUGAGACGCGUUCGCAACGCUACGAGAGAGUCGCCGAGACGGGGGGGGCGUGGAAGUGUCUGGAUGGCGCCGGCGCGAAGUCUCGUUCUAGUGGGUGAUUGAGCGUUUGUUUUCUCAGAAAAAAGAAACAGGAAGAAGAAAAGCGGCUGGGGGGGCUUUGCUAGAGACCGUCGUGAGCUGCGAUACGUGCUGUCUUUCAAGGUUCUCGAGAUCGGGGUUUCACUCAAGACAACAAUCUUUUCGCAACUGGGCUUCCGGGGUCCACACAGAACAUCCCAAGAU